ACAGAAACAAAGCACCAGUAGACAGUAGUAGUAAUAUUCAUGAAAUCCGUGCAAAUCACAGUAGUAGUUGUAACCAUUCAUAGCUAUAGAGAUUAUAUACCAAACAAAAAAGCAGCAAUAAUACACAGAAAAAAAUAAGAAGAAAAAUAGAGAGAAGAAAUUUCCUCCUUUGCCAUUUUAUAUUCAGACCCUUCAGUCAUUGCUCAGUUUCAGGUGCCAAGAGCUGCAAAAUUAGGGAUCAUUUUUUUUGUAAAAGUGGAGGGUUUAAUAAGAUCACUGAUUGAUAAUAGUUGAAAAUUUGGAGCAGAUGGGGGGUGAAAGUGAUGAAGCUAAUACUGAGAUGAUGCGGAGACUUCAAUCAUCAUUUGGGACAUCAUCUUCUUCCCUACAGAAACCCCAAUAUAUUUCGACGAACCAACUCGACAUACCUCAGUUGUCUACUUCCCAGUUUCAUGGUCAAAUGCGGCAGUUUUCUCCUAAUUUUGGUGUUGAAAAUAGUACCAAAAGGGUUGGUGUAUCGCCUUCUCAUCCGCAAAUGCCCCCUAUUUCGCCAUAUUCUCAUAUCCCAGUUGGCAGGCCGACAAGCCAGCAACACGGUAUGCAGAGUUUUACUACUCAAGGGCCCUCACAUUCGCGUUCUUUAUCACAACCAUCAUUUUUCUCACUUGAUUCAUUGCCACCCCUGAGCCCUUCGCCAUAUAAAGAAUCCCUCUCGACGUUCAUCUCUGACCCUGUCGCAGCUGAUGUGUCAAUGGAGGAUCGGGAUGGCAAUUCACAUUCCUCAUUGCCGCCCUCACCUUUCUCUAGGUGUAAUUCAUCAAGGGUAGGAGAGAGUCUUCCUCCUCGUAAGGCUCAUAGAAGGUCUAACAGUGAUAUCCCGUUUGGCUUUUCUAGUAUUAUGCAGUCCUCACCACCGCUUGUUCCAUCAAGGAGUCCUGCACAGUUGGUUAAACGUGAAGCUUAUUGGGAUAAAAGCAAUGAUAAAAAUGCUGAGGGAAUGGGUGAAAGAAAAUCUGAAGGAGAAGUCGUGGAUGACCUGUUUUCCGCGUAUAUGAAUUUGGACAAUAUUGAGUCAUUGAACUCCUCGGGUGUAGAUGAGAAGCAGGGUAAUGAGAACCGUGAAGAUUUAGAUAGUAGAGCCAGCGGUACAAAGACAAAUGGAUGUGACAGCAGUGACAAUGAAGCAACAAGCAGUGUGAAUGACAGCGGCAGCAGUAUGCAUACACUAGGGAUGUCUUCUUCAACUGAGAAGAGGGAGGGAAUCAAAAGGAGUGCUGAGGGAGAUAUUGCUCCGACUGUUAGGCACUACAGGAGUGUUUCGAUGGACAGUUUUAUGGGGAAGUUAAACUUUGGUGACGAGUCGCCGAAGUUGCCUCCAUCCCCUGGACCACACCAUGGCCAACUAUCACCCACAAAUUCACUUGAUGCGAAUUCGGAGAGCUUCAGUUUGGAGUUUGGGAAUGGCGAAUUCAAUGGAGCUGAAUUGAAGAAAAUUAUGGCGAACGAGAAACUUGCUGAGAUAGCCUUAGCUGAUCCAAAACGUGCCAAAAGGAUUUUGGCCAACCGUCAGUCUGCUGCUCGUUCGAAAGAGCGAAAGAUGAGAUAUAUUGCGGAGUUGGAACACAAGGUACAAACCUUACAGACUGAAGCCACCACAUUGUCUGCUCAACUCACUCUACUGCAGAGAGAUUCUUCUGGACUCACAAGCCAAAACAAUGAGCUAAAAUUCCGUCUGCAAGCUAUGGAGCAGCAGGCUCAUCUCCGUGAUGCUCUAAAUGAAGCAUUAACUGCUGAAGUUCAACGCUUGAAGAUUGCUACUGCUGAACUAAAUGGAGAUGCUGCCAAAUUUCAGCAGCUUUCUCUCAAUCCCCAGAUGUUCCAGUUGCAGCGACAGAUGGCUACUCAACUAAGCAUGCAUCAGUUGCAGCAUCAGCAGCAGCAACAGCAACAACAACAACAACAACAACAACAACAACAAGAAAAAGCAUCAUCGCAACAUCAACAGCAUGCGCAGGCAAAGCAGCAGCAGCAGCAGCAAAACAGCAGUGCACCUGCAAUGCAUGGGUCGAAGUAGUUGGAAAUCUCUGGUUCUCAUUAUAUUUAUAUUAGCCUCUAUGAUAGUUUCAUAACUAGUAAUUUCAUUCAAUGCAUUCAUUCAUUAGUUCUCCAUUCACAACAAAACACCCUAAGAUGUCGGUAAUUUCUCCAUUCAUUCAAAGCAUGCAUGUUCAUUUGAGUGACUCAUACAGAAGCGUUUCAUCGAAGACAGUUUGGUUUAAGAUCACAUUAUAUUUUUUUUUGCCAUGAUAUUUGUAAAGUUGCGUUAAAUUCAACGUCUCCUCUGUUCUUUUCAGUUUACGUCCAGUUAUUUCUUCA